AUGGAUCAUUUGAAGUUAACAGUGGAUAAGCUGUCAGUAGAAGCUGUAAGUGAUUUGGUUGUGGACGACAGCUGUGGAGCUAUUUCUGUUUUUGUAGGAACAACUAGAGAUAAUUUUGAGGAUAAAAAGGUGGUGAAGCUGGAGUAUGAGGCAUAUGAACCAAUGGCAUUGAAGGCCAUGAAGAGUAUCUGUGAUGAAAUUAGAAGCAAGUGGCCCGCUGUUCAUGGUAUCGCUAUAUAUCACAGGUUGGGGGAGGUUCCUUGCCGUGAGGCGUCGCUGGUGGUGGCGGUGAGCAGUCCCCACCGCCAAGACUCGCUCCAGGCCACGGCUUUCUGCGUGGACCAGCUCAAGGCCAACGUGCCAGUGUGGAAGCGAGAGCUGUACGCUGGUGACCACGCGCCCGUCUGGAAGGAGAACCCUGAAUGUGCAUCCCAACAAUCACCACAAAAACCACCAACACCACAGAAAACUCCAGAGAACGUUGCAGACAAAAAUAUGGUACAAAUAAAUGUAUCGAAUGAGGAACUACAACAAAGAAUACAACAUUUUAUCGAAAGAAAGAGAGAGCAAGUGAAUAUCAGUAACAUAGUAGACUUUAUACCCGGUUAUAGUGAGAGCGAGAUGCAAGAUUCGGAGACGUGUGCAAGAGUGAGAACGCAGUUCGUUAGAAGAAGCGAUUCUAAGAGUCAUUUGAAGAUCCGCAAGGUGUACAAUGAGUGGGGCCCGCAGACUGUGCGCGGUAUGGGGGAGUGUGGUGGGGACGGGGAUGGGGAGAGGGGAGGGUUGCCCGAGGGGGUGGCGGAGCGGUUACGAGCCGCAGAGCAGUUCGUGAACGUGACACCAGUGGGCCGGGACGUGUACAGCCGCCUCAAGGCCGUUGAAGAACGCAUCUCGCAUCUUUUAGCUGUCUCACCUGAGUACGCGCACUUCUGGAAAGUCAAACAGGAAUCGGCGGACGUAAAGCAAGAGAGCAUGGACUAUGUUUUCUCCGCGGACGACAUCACGAGGAAGAUCGAGCUGCUGGAAAAGCAGGCUGCUUCGUGA